GCGAUAGACAGACAGUAUGCAAGUCCCACACAACCAUAUCAUGCCGCCGACUCCGGCUGCUAGUUCACUUUUGCAUGCGGUUCCCCUUUUACAUCUGUCCAUACAUGUUUACCACAGCUGUCAUGUUUGUCUGAACUCUGACCCACGGACUGCUUUCAUUGUCUCCGUCCUCCCUCCGGAGCUUCUUGUCAUUAUACAUACGCCGUAUGCCAAUCCACUGCGGAGACCCUUAGGCCCUCGCGACUUUGCUACGUAUCCUAGGACGCAGCUAUGGCGCAGGUCCUAGAUGCACAACCUGUUGAGUUUCUGAAGAGCAAUGGGGCAGCGUAUUUACGCGUUGGGUUUAUGUCCAUCGCACUAUACGAUUACGUAUUGACGUUGCCCGCGGAAUGGAGGUUCUAUCGCAGCCAGACGUCAUGGAAGCUCAGUCCAGGAUGCAUUCUAUUCAUCGUGUUGAGAUACCUAAGCAUCGCGACAAUUACCGUCAGUAAUGUUGGGUACUUCAGCACGUUCACGUGGGAAGAAUGCUUGAAAUAUUACAUGGUGGCACCCAUAUUGAAACCCGCGCAAAUGAUGGUAUGCCAAAUAAUCUUGGGCCUAAGGGCCUACAACAUUUCUCGACGCGCGCCAUGGGUGCUUUGGACAUUGCUCACCUUGUUUUCUCUCCUCACAGCCGCCGAAAUAUUCACGAAUGUAUUCGCUCGUAUACCCAUACAAAACGAGCAUCAUAAUUGUGUCGGCGCCAAUAGGCGGAACCGCCUAUCCGUUUGGCUAUUCUAUCUUCUUGCCAUGUUCUAUGAUGUUUUUACGAUGGGAAUAUCUACAUACUACCUGCUCGAUACCAUACCCUCUUUCCGACGGAUGUCAGGACUUGUCAAACUCAUGUUCUAUGACGGCAUAGGCUAUUUUGUGGUCCUAACUGCUGCUAACAUUGUUAAUUUAAUUUUAUACCGCGCCAGCGAUGAGGAGAUACAGUCUUCUGCCGCAACGCUCGGCUACGUCGUUACUUGGAUAAUGGCCCAGCGAAUACUUAUCCAUCUCCGAGACGCUGCGGCUCAGAUGCGGGGUCAAUCUGUCCAAACCAUGACGCACACAAUGACACGGGAACUUACCUCACCUCGCGACAUCUCACGGAUCAUGCGUACCCAGUUCAGCAGUCAGAAACGAGACCGGGUUGAUGACGACUACGCGCUUCGUCCGCCAGCACCGAGCAAAGUCCAUGACAACUCUUCAUCGGAACCGCAUUCUCCAAAUCACCUUGACGUCAACUUGGACGUGCAAGUGAAAAUACAACACAGCGUCACCGUGGAUUAUGAUCCUACGGCGUAUGACCGCGAGACAUAUCGAAAAUCGAAGAGGGCGUAUAGCUCUGUGUCGAGAUAAUAACUUCCGGCUUCUGCCUUUUAGGUUUGGAUUUUUCUUUAGUAAGUGUCCUUCUCAUGCUCUGCAUCAACUCGGUGAAUGAUGUAUUCCGGUUACAGAUACGGCCAACCGUGGCAUUGUGCAUUGCCACAAGUUGUUCAAUUUCAUUCGAAUUUAGUUGUAACAUAUUGCUAUCUACUGCUGUGUGCUUUAUUGCUUUCUUAGUUUGAUUCUCCACUAAUAUGACUUCAUACCAUCUACACUCUUGCGAUGCACAGAAAUUCCAUCCCUUUCCUUUCACCCUUUCCACUCAUGCAAUGACUGGUUAUGACGGAGAUCUAUAGUAGCCAGAUUCGAAAAAGCAUUCAAGAACAAGCAGAUGACUUGGAUAAAGAAGAUGCUUCUGUUGUGAUGCAAGUACAGUACGAAUUUAACUUUAUUCCGAGUACAGUAUCUCGAACACGUUUUUCUAAGCG